GAGCGGGAGCAGUGUUUGGAUGCCAAUUUUUGGCCAACAUUAUGUUCUAUGUAUGCUUGCAGAACAUCGACACUGAACUCUGUCUGACAGCGGUGUGUGAUUGUCUGUUUCGCUGCUAGCAAACUGUUAUACUCCCUGCUAGAGCCGUGCGUACGAUAGCCAAACCUCGUGACGGCGAUUUUCAAGUCUCAUUAACGCGUGAUAAACGUCGAAAAUCAUAUCAGAAUGAUCUCCGAACUAGUGCUGCUGCUGUGAAGAACGUGGUGUUCAAGUUCGAUUGUGAUUUGAUUUGCAAAGUGCGAAGAAAAACUUGAUUUUAUGUAAGACGAACGAUUAUUGAUUUUCUCAAGGUGCCGUGCGGGUAGUCGAAAUUGGGGCUGAUUUCGUCGCAUGAUAAAACAAAUCGCCGAGUUUGACCGAUAACAAGUUAAUGAUAGUUGGGUGAAAGCUAUAAUGUGCUACCGGAAUCGAGCAGAACUGCCGCUAUAACUGGACUCGCAGGUGCCUGACUCUCCAGAGAUUAAAUAGCUGUUACUCGCACAGUGCAAAGUAGGAUUAAAUUUAAGUCAUAAUCAAUCGAGGAAAAAAGUGCAAUAAAUGCGAUAACAAACAGGGCGGCCCAUUGCCAUUUUUUUGCCGCUUGUGACCCGCUGGUAUUCCGACAGUGAUAAGUCAGUUCGCUGAUGCCAGUCUGUGUACGGGUGCUUCGAGUGGUUGUUGGUACAAUAAAGAACGAACCGAAGCGUUCGAGGUCCUCGCCAGAAGCGUUACGCUACCACGCUCCUUCAGUGUUCCAGUGCAUGCGGUGAAUGAGCAUCGUUUCGGAUUUUCUCCGGUGGAUCAAAUCAAUGCAGCAGCACAUCAUGAACAAUUCGACCGGUUUGAUUGACGAGCUCGACGAAUGCCUCCGGUACGUCGGUGGCCCCGGGGGCGCACUGGCGCUAACCGGAGUGGCUGCUGCGACCGCCUAUUACUACGCUACCAGACCAGUACCCGAAAAACCACUAGUGCCUCUAGACAAUCAGUGCCCGAUCGAGGAUGGCCCCGAGCAGGUUCACGUGUCCAAGUUCUACAAGGAAGCCAAGGACGGAAAAUUCAUCAGCUGCCUGUCCGACGAUGCACGGACACUGUACCAGACCUUCCGGAAAGGUGUCAUUGAGUCGAAUAAUGGCCCGUGCUUGGGAUGGCGCAAAAAUUUAAGCUCACCGUAUGAGUGGAUGACUUUCAACGAAGCGCUGCUACGGGCGAAAAAUUUCGGCUCCGGUAUGAUUGCCCUCGGGCUGCGUCCUGGUCCGAGCACUUUCGUCGGAAUCUAUUCGCAGAAUCGACCGGAAUGGAUUCUCUUCGAGCAAGGUUGCUACUGCUACUCAAUGGUUAUUGUUCCUCUGUAUGACACACUCGGACCGGAUGCUUGUGCGUUCAUUAUAAAUCAGGCUGAAAUUACUGUUGUGGUAGUGGAAGACGACAAAAAAGUCAAUUCGCUCUUGGAAAAAGCACCUAAGGCUCUUCGUAAGUUUAUAACCAUUAAGGAAGUUCGACCAGCAACAUUGCAGCGUGCAAAAAAUCAAGGAAUUGAGAUCUACACAUUCGAUGAGGUGGAAAAGCUGGGAGCGUCUAAAGGUUAUCCAGAAGUGGAGCCAAAACCUUCCGAUUUGUGUACCGUGUGCUACACGUCCGGUACGACCGGUAAUCCGAAAGGUGUAAUGUUAUCUCACAUGAAUGUUGUUUCCGGUGUUGCUGGGGUUAUGCUACAAUUGGGUCCACAUAAGCCCCGCGUAGGCGAUGUAAUGAUCUCGUUCCUGCCGCUGGCACACAUGUUAGAACGGUGUUGCGAGAAUGGGGUCUACUACCUUGGCGGUGCAGUCGGUUUUUAUUCUGGUGACAUAAAAGAGCUGACUAACGAUAUGAAGGCACUUAAACCAACAUUGAUGCCGGCCGUUCCUAGGCUUCUAAAUCGGGUGUACGAUAAAAUAUACUCGGAAGUUGCCGGAUCAUCUGUCAAGAAGCUACUGCUACGGAUGGCACUGAAUGCGAAAGAGUCCGAAAUCAAACGAGGCAUUAUACGAAAGACUAGCCUGUGGGACAAAAUCGUUUUCCGGAAGAUACAGGAGGGAUUCGGUGGCCGACUGAGACUGAUGGUUGUAGGAUCGGCUCCCCUUUCGGCAACGGUGCUUACCUUCUGCCGGGCGGCAUUGGGCUGUUUGAUUUGCGAGGGUUAUGGACAAACCGAGUGCACGGCGCCGAUGACGCUGACCGUACAGGGUGACUUUGUUCCUGGCCACGUUGGACCACCGGUGGCCUGUAAUGCAAUCAAACUGGUCGACGUUCCCGAGAUGGAGUACUACGCGUCUCAGCAGCAGGGCGAGAUCUGCGCGAAGGGAUCCAACGUUUUCAUUGGGUACUACAAAGACCCGGCUCGAACUGCCGAAACAAUCGACGAGGACGGUUGGCACCAUACCGGCGACAUCGGACAGUGGCAACCGAACGGGACGCUGAAGGUGAUCGAUCGCAAGAAGCACAUCUUCAAGCUGAGCCAGGGCGAGUACAUCGUACCGGAGAAAAUCGAAAACGCGUACAUUCGCAGCCAGUAUGUGGAGCAGGUGUUUGUGCAUGGUGAAAGUCUGAAGAGUUGUGUCGUUGCGGUCGUCGUACCCGAUGUCGAGGUCAUUAAAAGCUGGGCCAUGGAGAACAACAUUCCGGGAACGCUAAGUGUGCUGUGCAAUAAUCCGGAUGUCAAACAGCUCAUCAUGAGCGACAUGAUUGCCUGGGGAAAGCAGUUUGGACUUAAAUCAUUCGAACAGGUCAAAGACAUUUAUCUGCAUCCGGAUCCGUUCUCGGUACAGAAUGGGCUACUAACGCCAACUUUCAAGAGCCGACGGCCUCAGAUCAAGAAUUAUUUCGCGCCACAACUGGACGACAUGUACAAACAUCUGGACUGAAUCCGUUCGCUAUAAAAAAAAUGUGCUUUUGAGUGCGAAUGUGAAUGUGUGCAUGUUGUGUGUUAUCAUCGACAGUGGCCGUGUGCAGUGCAGAGAUCAUACAUUAAGUAAGAUCAAUUAUAAUUAGCUAAAUCCUCAAUACCAAUGAAAAAUAUCCUGAAUACCAUAAAUAUUAAACAGUUCAAUGGGUUCAUCAGCCCGCUAGUACUUUGUAGAUACCAAUUGAAAUUAGAAUACAUUUUUAACUGAUAGAAUCAAAAGUAUCAAAAAAAAACUGAAAGAAGGGAUUCGUCACCAAGCGCUUCGCUGACAAUUCUCCGACGAAUAGUCCGUUUAGGACCGUAAAAAACCAGUGCUGCAGAAUCGCCUCACGAAAACAGUAAUGUCGAGUUUACCCUGACAUCAACUGGCAAAACUUUUACUACUCAUUCUCGUUUCCUAUCAGCCGCAGAGCGGCUGACAGGUAGGAUUUACUAUACUUUUAAUACAUCACGUUUCUAGCGUCGCCCGUCGGAAGCGAUACCAAAAGCUACUUAGUUGUUACUUAAUAAAUUACGAUAAAAUCAAACAAGGACAAAAAUGUUACUUAAAAUAAGAAGUCAAUGGUUUACUACUAGUAGGAACUGAUUUUCUGAAACUAAAGAUUGAAGCGUUAAGUCAAUUUCGCAUUCUUAUGAUGGUGAAUCCCUUGAAGCUGCUUUCCGGUGCGUGUGGCUACUGGAAAGCAUCUUCACGCGAACGCAAAUAAUAUCUACCGUGUUAAAAGUGAGUGAGUGUAUAGCAAGUUUAGCAACAGUUGGAAGUAGCGUUCUAUAAUCUUUUUAGUUUCUUUAGCUUUGAACUUCGAACAAGUUGUAUUUUUUUAAAGAUAGCAAUCAUACAAAAAAUCAUAUUAAGCGCUAGUCAAGUUUUACUUCAAAAGCUGCGUUUCCUUCGAAUUGAUUCCUUCGUGAUAGUGUAGUUCUUUUUAUCGAUAGGUAUGGUGACAAUAUUCAACUAUCAUUAAAUUUACAUUAACGUUUAUGGAGGGUGAACAUAUUCGAAAACUCACUAGGAAAUUCGUGAUUAUAAGGAGAAAAAAAACAAAAAGAAAAUCAACAAAAAUAUUUUCGUUUAUGCAACUACAACGUCCAAAGCCGCAAUAAAUAUCAGAUUUUGUUUAGUGAGCAAGGUGCUAGCAAGGAUAGAAAACCGCUGAUAUAGGCCAUUUAAAUUAAUGGAUAAAUAAGGAAAAAUACAUUAUGAUUUUACGAAACAAACGAUAAACCAGAUCACACACACACCCAUACUAACUACACUAAGAAUUAGUGACAGAUGUAAGAAAGAAAAAAAACUCGAAAUUAGACAAGUGUGUAACUUGAAGAAAACAAAAGCUAUGGAACUACCUAGCGAUAUUAGUGAACCGAUAGCGAAGCAAAAGAAAUCGUUACGAAACACAAAUUAAACUGAAUACAGCAAAAAAAAAUCUUUUACUGGACGCCUACUUAAUCUCUAGAGUAAAUGCAAUAUGUAGUUAGUUGAAACAUCACUGAUAAACCAUUAAAAUCAGCAAC